UAUACACUAAGAGUUUGCGCUUCUCGCCAGGCUUGCACAUCUCCGCUUGGUUGGAUUUACCUGACAGAAGAGCGACGCGGACAGUUUUGGUGACUUUUUGACAAUCGCCGGGCUUGUUUGUUGACUUUAGAAGCAGGAUCUUCAGAACAAUGUGCGGAAUUUUUGCAUAUCUCAACUACAGAGUUCCACGCACCAGAAAAGAAAUUUUUGAGACUCUGAUAAAGGGACUACAGAGGCUCGAGUACAGAGGGUACGAUUCUGCAGGUGUCGCCGUCGAUGGCCUCUCCAAAGAGCCACAAAACAACCACAUUUGCCUCAUUAAGAAAACAGGCAAGGUGAAGGCCCUGGAUGAAGAGCUUUACAAGCAAGACAACUUGAACCUUGAAGAUGAACUGGAGACCCACUUUGGCAUUGCCCAUACCCGCUGGGCGACUCAUGGAGUGCCCAGUGCAGUCAACAGCCACCCGCAUCGUUCAGACAAAAACAACGAAUUUGUGGUCAUUCACAAUGGCAUCAUCACAAACUACAAAGAGCUGAAGAAGUAUUUGGAGAAGAAGGGUUACGUAUUUGAGUCUGAGACCGACACGGAGGUCAUCCCCAAACUGAUCAAGUACCUGUACGACAAUCGUGAAGUCAGUGACAUCAGCUUCUCCUCGCUCGUGGAGAGGGUCAUACAGCAGCUGGAAGGAGCCUUUGCACUGGUCUUCAAGAGCACCCACUUCCCGGGAGAAGCCGUGGCCACCAGGAGGGGCAGCCCGUUGCUGAUUGGUGUGCGCAGCGAGUCGAAGCUCUCCACCGAGCAGAUUCCCAUCCAGUACAACAACGGUCACCUUAAAGAUGAGAACAAUAAAGAGAACGCCAGGAGAUCCAGACGGUUAGACAGCACCACCAGCCUUCAUUCUGUCUGUGACCGGAAAGCUGUGGAGUACUAUUUUGCAUCAGAUGCCAGCGCCAUCAUCGAGCACACCAACAAGGUCAUUUACUUAGAAGAUGACGACAUUGCAGCUGUGAGUGAGGGGAAGCUGUCAUUACAUCGGAUCAAGCGGGUAGCGGGAGACAACUCUUCCCGGACCAUUCAGACCCUACAGAUGGAGCUGCAGCAGAUCAUGAAAGGCAACUUCAAGGCGUUCAUGCAAAAAGAAAUCUUCGAGCAGCCAGAGUCGGUGGUCAACACCAUGAGGGGACGCGUGUGCUUCGACAGCAACACAGUUGUUCUUGGUGGACAAGAUCACCUGAAGGAAAUCAAACGAUGCCGGCGGCUCAUCAUGAUUGGCUGUGGGACCAGCUUCCAUGCAGCAGUGGCAACCCGUCAGAUACUGGAAGAGCUGACCGAGCUGCCUGUUAUGGUGGAGCUGGCCAGUGACUUCUUGGACCGCUACACGCCCGUCUUCAGAGAUGACGUGUGCUUCUUCAUCAGUCAGUCAGGCGAGACGGCUGACUCACUGAUGGCCCUGAGGUACUGCAAAGAUCGCGGCGCCCUCACCGUGGGCAUCACCAACACCGUUGGCAGCUCCAUCUCUCGAGAAACAGACUGUGGGGUGCACAUCAACGCCGGACCAGAAAUUGGGGUGGCCAGCACAAAGGCCUACACCAGCCAGUACGUCUCUCUCAUCAUGUUUGCCUUGAUGAUGUCCGAAGAUCGCAUCUCACUGCAAAACAGAAGGCAAGAGAUCAUCAACGGCCUGCAGGCCUUACCCAGUCAGAUCAAGGAAGUUCUGGCCGUGGAUGAUAAAAUCAAAGAUAUUGCAGAUGAGCUGUAUCAGCAAAGGUCUCUUCUGGUUAUGGGUCGAGGUUUCAACUAUGCCACCUGCUUAGAAGGAGCCCUGAAAAUCAAAGAGAUCACUUACAUGCAUUCAGAAGGAAUCCUGGCUGGCGAGCUGAAGCACGGACCCCUGGCUCUCGUGGACAAGCACAUGCCUGUCAUCAUGAUUGUCAUGAAGGACGCCUGCUACACCAAGUGCCAGAAUGCUCUGCAGCAGGUCACCGCACGUCAGGGUCGGCCAAUCAUCAUAUGCUGUCAAGAUGACCCGGAAACCAUCAAGAGUGCCUAUAAGGCCAUUGAACUUCCCCACACUGUGGAUUGUCUCCAGGGAAUUCUGAGUGUCAUCCCCCUUCAGCUGUUGUCAUUUCACCUGGCCGUUCUCCGAGGAUAUGAUGUGGACUGCCCACGAAACCUAGCAAAGUCAGUAACAGUGGAGUGAACCCCCUUGGGGUGGAAGGAUGAAAUGGUGAGGCUGCCCCCUUAAACUUACACUCAUCUCCGUCAACAUUCCCUGGUUUGAGGACUCGUGAAACGUGCGGAAAGAAUCUCAUCAUGAAAUGGACUGUGUUGAAUGACAUUGUUUUUAAUUAUUGUGCCUUAUUAUUAUUAUUAUUAUUUUUUUAUCUCAAAGAGCCUCACGUAGAAGGAAAAAAAAAACAAAACUGAUCUUAUUUGCACGGGUUGAAGUUUUAAAUAGUGCAAUAUUCUCCAGCCCCAAUCAGUUCACUGUGAACAUGUUUUUUUUUAAAUUUAUAGAGUCUUAAUAGUCUAAAAUCUUUUAUUUAAUUUUUUUUAAAGAAAAUAUUAACUUAUUUCUGAAAUCUUGCUUAAAUUUAUAUUGCUGAAGGUUUACCAAAGUGCUUUGCUUGUAUAGAAUAUCGCAAAAAAAAUAAAUAAAAUACACUUUUAUUUUCUUGUACAUUGGUUAUCAAAAACUUUCUAUUUAAGAAGAUGAAUGUGAAUGUUUUAUUAAACAAGAGAAUUGGUGA